UGAGGACUCAAUAACAAUGACACUGUUCAAGUCCCUAUCAAAAUUCUCUUGGGAUGCGAAGGUGGUAGUGGCCUUGGCCGCCUUUGCCGUCACCUAUGGAGAGUUCUGGUUAUGGAGGAGCUUAAUCAAACACACCCUUUGGCCAAGUCCACAGCACUACUGAAGCAAUUACCCAACAUAUUUGAGCAAUCAGAGAAGCCUAGUCCCAUGUUUAUAACGCUAUGGAGCCUUAUCGAAGCCAUUCUCAAUAUGACCAAGUGCAUUGUCAAAUUCCAUGAACUGCCGCCUCAUUACAUUUCCCCUGACCAACCACCCAUGUUGGUGGCCACCACCCUCAUCCCUGCUGCUGUUUACUGGACCAUCGGGAGUGUCGUGGCCUGCACAUUCCAGAUCAUCAGCCUUAUUGGUCUGGAUCACAAAUCUAAUAUUCCAUGGACCACUGAAGGUGGUGAGCUAUUAAGUUUAGCACAAAAGGUCAAGACCAUACAUGAAAACCUGACUAAGCAACUCUGUCUUUGCAAUCAAUAUAUUGAUGAGAAGAAAUUGGCCGAAGCUUAUAACACACUAGUGCAACUCUUUGAAACGAGCCAGGUCGACAACACGAAGCUUCUCAAGGCAUUGAUUAAUUACGCCAAUGAUGAUUUGAUGCCGCUUAUUGAUUGCUCCACUGGGAAAAGGGUUGGCGUUGAAGUAUUGAGAGACAACCAAGUAUUAUUGCUGAUAUCGGACUUGGAUAUCUCCCAAGAAGAACUCAUGAUUCUAAAACAGCUUGUUUCGAAAGGGUGUACAGUUUGGAGGUAAAAUCUGGUGUGGCUCCCCAUGGUGGACAAGUCUCUUUCAUGUACCGAAGCCAGGAAGAGACACUUUGACCAACUGCAUUCAAAUAUGUCGGUGCCAUGGUACUAAGUGCAUAACCCUUCCUUGAUCCAUCCGGCAGUGAUUAAUUACACCAAGGGGAUAUGGCACUUUAACAAAAAUCCAAUCCUUGUGGUUUUGAACCGACUAGGUAGGGUUUCGAACCCCAAUGGCCUCUAUAUGAUGUGGAUAUGGGGUAUUUGGGCUAGACCUUUCACUAGAGAGAAGGAGGUGUCUAUGUGGAGGAACGAGACUUGGGGACUUCAACUCUUAGUAGUAAAUGGAUUUAUACACUUGGAUCGAGGCGCUGAUGAAAACUUAUUCAAGUGGGUAAACACCAAACCCAAUAACAAGCAUCUUCUUCUUUUUCUUUCACAAUUGGAUUCCAUUAAUUAAUUCUUGGAUUUUUUUUAUAGAAUUCCA